AUGGGACAAGUCAACAUCGAUGACAUGAUAGGCCGCCUUCUCAACGUUGGAAUGGCCGGAGGACGUUUGACGACAUGCGUUUCAGAAGACGAACUGAAGUCUCUGUGUUGCUUCGCAAAGAAUGUCUUCAUGUCUCAACCAUCACUCAUCGAAGUCGGGCCACCAAUUGUUGUUUGCGGGGAUAUUCAUGGACAGUAUUCCGAUCUCUUGCGUAUCUUCGAAAAGACCACUUUUCCACCUGAUGCCAAUUUCAUCUUUUGGGCGACUAUGUUGAUCGUGGCCAACAGAAUAUCGAAACCAUCUCGCUCAUGUUUUGCUACAAAAUCAAGUACCCUGAAAGCUUCUUCAUGCUUCGCGGCAAUCACGAACACAUUCAACUGGAUGCCUCUUUGCGGUCUCAUCGCUACUCGCAUUCUCUGCAUGCACGGUGGACUCUCACCACAGAUACAGCAAAUCGAGCAGCUACGUAACUUGACUCGUCCUCAAGACCCACCCAAUCCAUCGAUAGGCAUCGAUCUUCUCUGGGCUGAUCCCGACCGCUGGGUUAAGGGCUGGGAGGUAAAUAACCGUGGUGUGUCGUACGUUUUUGGACAAGAUGUGGUGAUCGACUUCUGCGAGCGGAUGAACAUCGAUCUCGUGGCUCGCGCUCAUCAAGUCGUUCAAGACGGAUACGAGUUCUUCGCCAGCCGCAAAAUGGUCACCAUCUUCUCUGCACCCCACUAUUGCGGACAAUUUGACAACUCGGCAGCCACCAUGAAGGUGAACGAAGAUCUCCAAUGCACCUUCGACGUGUACCGCCCAACUGCCAAGGUCGUGCGAAUGCAGCAGCAAGAG